AUGCCCCGCCAAAGACCUACUGCUCGAUUGCCGAGCGAAGCACCCUCCGAAACCUCUUCCUCAACGUCACCGGAACGCGCCGCAGAUGACGACACAGACUUCUUUAUGGCCCAGGCCAACGAUUCACAAUCCUCGAUUGGUGUCGCCAAUUUUCGUGACCUCCGCGUGCAGAACAGCCAAUCUGUUCCAGUGUCCCCGAUCGGCCGCCUUCCGCCCGAGAUCCUGAUCGCGAUCUUUUCAAAACUGGUGUCCCCGGUGGACAUGCUGAACUGCAUGUUAGUCAGCCGCAACUGGGCUGCCAACUCGGUCGGAAUCUUAUGGCACCGACCAUCCUGUGGUAACUGGGAUAAUUUGAAGAGCGUGGCUUCUUCUGUGGGUAACCCAGAGAGCCUAUUCACAUACGCAGACCUCAUUAAGCGACUCAACCUGUCCGCUUUGGCGCGUGAUGUCAGCGAUGGGACUGUUGUUCCCUUUACACAGUGCAAGCGCGUUGAGCGUCUGACUUUGACAAAUUGCUCCGAACUCUCGGACAAGGGUGUUUCAGAUCUGGUUGAGGGCAACCGGCAUCUGCAAGCAUUGGAUGUCUCAGAUUUGCGACACUUGACCGAUCACACCCUCUAUACGGUAGCAAGAAAUUGUCCGCGUCUACAGGGCCUCAAUGUUACCGGCUGUAACCGGGUGACUGAUGACUCGCUACUCGUGGUAUCACAAAGCUGUCGCCAUAUUAAAAGGCUAAAGCUCAACGGCGUUACUCUUGUCACUGAUCGGUCAAUUCUGUCCUUUGCAGAGAACUGCCCAGCGAUCUUAGAGAUCGAUCUUCAUGACUGCAAGCUUGUGACCAGUCCGUCAGUAACGGCCCUCAUUACCACCCUUCGUCACCUUCGAGAGUUGCGCCUUGCACACUGCAUUGACAUUGAUGACUCGGCAUUUUUAAACCUACCCGAGGGAAGAACAUUUGACAGUCUACGAAUCCUAGAUCUCACAGCAUGUGAGGAAGUCAAAGAUGAUGCUGUGGAGCGUAUUGUCAACGCCGCACCUCGUCUGCGAAACCUGGUACUGGCUAAGUGCCGCUUUAUCACAGAUCGCUCAGUACAAGCCAUCUGUAAACUGGGCAAGAACCUCCACUACGUGCAUCUUGGCCACUGCUCCAAUAUCACUGAUAUUGCGGUCAUGCAGCUCAUCAGGGCUUGUAACCGUAUUCGAUAUAUCGACCUGGCUUGCUGCAAUCGCCUGACCGACGCGAGUAUACAGCAGUUGGCUAGCCUGCCCAAGUUGCGCCGUAUUGGUCUGGUCAAAUGCGUAAAUAUUACGGAUUUGAGCAUCAAGGCGUUUGCACGCCGUCGAAGCAACCCGUCGGUCAGUAGCCUGGAGCGUGUCCACCUUAGUUACUGCACUGGGCUUAGCAUGAAUUCUAUUCGGCCUUUGAUCAAUGAGUGUCCGCGACUCACUCAUUUGAGUCUGACAGGAGUCCCGGAGUUCUUGAGCCCGGCCCUCACUAAGUUUUGCCGAGAAGCCCCACCGGAGUUUACGCAACAACAGAGGGAUGUAUUCUGUGUAUUCAGUGGGGAUGGUGUGUCCCAACUCCGGGACUUCUUGAACCGAGAUGAAACCGAAGCCACCAUGUACGAUGACGAUGACGAGUUGGACGAAGAUGCGGGUCAGAUGACCGGACUUAUGGAUGCUACGGGCAUCAACGAUGAAGAUUACAUCGAUGUCGAAACACUUCCAUGA